CCCCUCUUUCUGUGUCUUUCAUGCUUCACGUUUUUUUUUCUCCCCCUCAGCUUCUACUUCCUUCAGAAGGUUGUAUUGUGUCCAUGCUCCUCCCUCUUUCUCCUUUAACUGCUGCAGAAAAAAAAGCUCUUCACCUCUGCUCCUCUUUGUUCCUCUGAAGAAUAAAAAGUUUGCUCCACUUCUUUCACAUUUUUGAAACCUUACACCCCUGAUUUUUUCUCCUCCCUUCAGCAGAGGCCGGCACAGACUUCCUGUAUAGUUCUUCCUUCAUACUCUUCACUGUACCCUCCUCCUCCUCCUCCUCCUCCCCCACUGACCUCUCCUCCCUCCCUCCCUCUCUUCAGCUCACCCUCUCUCUUCCUGAGCUCACUCUGUCGCUGGCGUUCGUGUUGACUGGCCAGAGUCCGCGAGCUGAACGCCACCAUCAUCUCCGUCUGAUCCGCCGCCUUCCUCCCUCAGCCUCUCCCUUUGUCUCUCUCUGUCUCUCUCUCUCUUUUUCUGUCACUGCAGCUCCUCACACGUUCAUCUCUGUCCAGCCCUCAGGGUAAGUAGUCCAGAAAAUAUUUCACACUUGACUGAGUCUGCUCACACACACACACACACACACUUGGUGAGUGUAUUGCAGGUUGAGGGAGAAGUGUGUAACAGGUACUUUAAAGCUCAAACUCCCUCGGAGAGCAGAGUGAGGAUGUAACUCUGGGACAGUAUGAUGGAGAUGUUCCUCCUCUCUCCCUGCUGCUGCUGCUGUAAAGUUAGUUUAAGGUGGGGGUUGUUUCAUGUGUGUUACCCUUGACCUCCAUCAUUCCUCUCAUUCCUCUCAGAGUCUGGAUUUGGUUAGCUUUACAGAGAUUUGUUCAGGAUGUGCAGAAAAGUUCAUCUGAGUUCAUAGUUUGACUUUUUAAACUGUUUCGAACAUCCAAAUCGUAUUUUCUCAUUUGCGUUUUCUUCCUCAUCUCAUUUUUGGACUUCUGUUUUUUUCCAGAGCCCACCAGCCGCUGGUUCCUCACACCACUUCCUGGUCCGUGUUCGAACUUCUGAUUGGCCAUGGCGUACCAUAGCUUCCUGCUGGAACCAAUUAGCUGCCACGCCUGGAACAAAGAUCGGACCCGUGAGUCUGCCCCGCCGUCUCUGAUUGGCUGCUGGCUUUCUGUUACAAACGGUUUAAAUCACACACACACACACACACACACACACACACACACAUCAUGGAAGAUCUUGCUAACUCUUGAGUGUCCAAGUCCUGCAUUAGACGGAGGUUUGCGAUUGGCUCCCAGGUGGGUGAAGGUAUUUCCUGUUUCCUGUAACGGUGAGGGCGGCGACUCGGAGGCCUUUUGAGAGAGGCUCUUGUGCUCCGUUAGCUGCAGGAAACUGAGGCCAUAUUUGGUCGUUUUGAUCUGAGCUUCAGUUUCUGGGCAGAGCGGAUGUAACAGGCGGCUGUGGUCGAGUCCUUGAGUCAUACAGUUGUAGUUUCACUCAACUUGCAAGCUGCACACUAAAGUUCGCUCCAGUUAGAGGCUGAACAAAAAUGCACAGAGAAGCACCCCCACUGCUGCUACACACACACACACACACACACACGCAUGCACACGUGCACACACAGCUUCUGACUCAUCUGCUGACUAAAACAUGUGCAGGGUUUGCUACAACACCAUGGGAAGAAAGGUCGCACAUUGUCUAUUUAAAGAAACCGUGUGUGUGUGUGUGUGUGUGUGUGUGUGUGUGUGUUGCCUGCAGGCUGAUACAUACUGUAUUUAUCUAGUUUCCUCCGCUCAGCUGAUCGCUCCAACAUAAACUCCUCCCCUUCGAUCUUUGGACUUUGUCCUCACACUGAUGUAUUUUCUCUUUAUUCGCUUCACAGCUCUCCUCUCUGUUUCCUCUCCUCGUACCUGAUCUCUCUGAAUUUGUCUUUUUUCUUUGCGCUUCAGAAAUCGCCCUCUGCCCAAACAACCACGAGGUCCACAUCUACAAGAAGGAUGGGACCAAGUGGAGCAAGAUCCAUGAGCUGAAAGAGCACAACGGGCAGGUGACAGGUGAGAGGGACCCCACUCCUGUCUCUGUUUGUAGGAGGAACAGGAGCUUCAGAGACUCGAACCGACCGAAGAAACACAAAACAAACAAAGAAACACAAAACAAACAAAGAAACACAAAUACACAAACCUUCAACUCUACACCUACUGAGCAUGUGCACACAGAGGCUACAGUCCUCAUCACAACAGACUGGUUUUGACUCCUGGCCAGAGCCCUUUGCUGCAUGUCACCCCUGCUCUCUCACACACACACACACGCACACACACACACACACACACACACACACACACACACACACACACACACACACACACACACACACACACACACACAGGCACAUAAACAUUUCCUGUCUCUCCUCGGCUGUCUAAUCUAGGACAAAAUACCCAAAAACAAACACAGAGAGAGAAACAGCUCUUUACAAGUUUUUAUAACAAAGCUGUUUGACUGUGAGGGCUGUAAUUUAGUUAAAAUACAGGAUUAAUUUUAAUUUUUUAAUUUUUUUUUUUUACUUUAAACAAGCAAAAAAAAGGAAAGAGACAAAAACAUACGAAAGAUAAAGAGAAAAAAAUAAUUACAGGAGGGAGAUUUUUUUUUUAUUUCCAUUUUAAGAUUAAAGUCGAAAUUUAAAAAAUAAAAAGUUUUUAAAAUUUCAAGAUCAAAAUUUUAAAAAGUCGAAAUGAAAUUCUGUAUGGCUUAAAUUUGUCGUCGCCAUCCAUGUGCCAGAGCGCAUUGGGUCCUCGGUUUAAGUAAUGCCUGCACCUCAGAUGUCAGGCGAAAUUUCGACUUUAUUCAUGUUGAAUUUAGUCUUGGAAUUUUAACUUUAAUCUCGAAAUUUAAAUUUGAUUCAUGAAAUUGACUUUAUUCUGGAAAUGUCGAAUCAUGAAAAUAUGGUCCAGUUAGACGGCUUUAAAACCGAAGCAUCACGUUUACACUGCAGAUCAAGGAAGUCUGAGGAAGGCGUCUGUUUUUCUGAAAAUGUUGAACUACUCCUUUAAAACCACAGCUGUAAACACUGACAGGUGUGUCUCCCUCACAGGUAUAGACUGGGCCCCUGACAGUAACCGUAUCGUAACCUGUGGAGCCGACCGUAACGCCUACGUGUGGACCCUCAAAGAGGGCGCGUGGAAGCCCACCCUGGUCAUCCUCAGGAUCAACCGCGCCGCUCGCUGUGUGAAGUGGUCGCCACGAGAGAACAAGUUCGCCGUGGGCAGCGGCUCUCGCCUCAUCUCCAUCUGCUACUUUGAGCAGGAAAACGACUGGUGAGGUUUUUUUUCUCCCACUAAUUGACGAGAAAAACGGCGUGUGAUAAUCCUGAACUUCACUCACGGGGUCUUCUGGUGUUUCUGCCUUCAGGUGGGUUUGUAAGCACAUCAAGAAGCCGAUCCGCUCCACCAUCCUGAGUCUGGACUGGCAUCCCAACAAUGUCCUCCUGGCUGCAGGGUCAUGUGACUUCAAAUGCAGGUACCAGACGACCACGAGAGAUUUUUGUUUUUCUUUCACAUGCUCAACAAUUACAUGAAAGGAGCUCCUGUCUGAAAUGAUUUAAAGGGAUAUUCCGGCGUAAAAUUAAUUUAGGGUCAAACACUCACCUACUCUCUUCCAGCAGCUGCUUAUUUGUAGCGAGAUCUCGGGCCUGAGGUCCGUAAUGGACCGGCCUGAGGUCUCGCUACAAACAAGCGUCUGCUGGAAGAGAGUAGGUGAGUUGUGUUUAGUCUCUUUGCUAAAGAAAUGAGUCAAAGUUAAAAAGAUGUUUGGUGGCUAGUACUAUGGCUACUAUGGCUAUAUGUACUAACCUCAGUAGAACAUGGUUCAGUUCCGUUCAGUAACAGAACCUCAUUGGAAAAUUAGCUGAUUUAACUUUACUGUGCUCUUGUUCAAAUAUAUUAACUCAACAGCACAUAAAUCCAUACCUGUUAACAAAAUCAGGAUUUUAUUGAUAAUUCGGCUCAAUAAAAACACCUUUACCUUUUCAUUUUACUAGAAGUUUCUUGGCUCAGCUUACAGACUAUAAAAGUGGAGAAACGUCCCCACUUCAGUUUGUUUUCUUUGGAGUUAGAACAACUCUGAAUAUAGUACUAUGUCUGUGACCCUAUAUGUCCUGUUGAUGAAGUUAGGUGCUGUUCUGAGCAUUAUUUGUGGCUAUAGAGUGGCGUUUUAGUUGAGGGCGUGGCUCUCUGUAUUUCUAUCCUGCGGUCGUUACUAAAGUUGGUAUAACUAGAGAAGCAAGCGGUCGACAACAUUCAUCUCUGGAGGGGGGGGUCUAACUCGGUGUUACGGUGUGUUUGACCCUAAAUUAAUUUUACACCGGAAUAUCCCUUUAAAUCCAAAGCUAAUUUCUCGCCUCCUUACGUCGUCUUCCUGACCCCUCUGGCCUCCUCAGGGUGUUCUCCGCCUACAUCAAGGAGGUGGAGGAGAAGCCCGGUCCCACCCCCUGGGGCAGCAAGAUGCCGUUUGGUGAGAUGUUGUUUGAGUCCGGAGGAUCUGGAGCUGCGAGUCAGACUUCAGGUGGAGGUGGCGGCUGGGUGCACAGUGUGUGUUUCUCUCACUCUGGAAACCGUCUGGCCUGGACCUGCCAUGACUCCACAGUGUCUGUCGCCGAGGGAGGCAAGACCGGCACGUAAGAGACUGUGGUCUGUGUGUGUGUGUGUGUGUGUGUGUGUGUGUGUGUGUGUGUGUGUGUGUGUGUGUGUGUGUGUGUGUGUGUGUGCAGUCUGACCUUUUUUUUAUGACUCCACAGGGUGAACAGUCUGAGCUCUGAGACACUUCCUCUGCUGUGUGUCACCUUCAUCACUGAGAACAGCAUCGUAGCAGCUGUAAGUACUCCAGACCUUUACAGUACAGAUUCAGAACACAGUUACUUGGUUAUUAUUAUUAUUUUUUUAUCAAUUUCACACAUUUAUGUUGUGGUUUUUUCCUGCCAAAACAUUGACGCACCGAGACGUCGUCUACCCUGACUUAUUUAGUCGGUGUGUGGAUGUUUGUAGUCUGACGUCUGCCGUCUCACUAUUAAUAAAAAAACAACAAAAUGCUGAACCAAAACUUCUUUCACAUUGCUUUUUGAAAACAACACAUUAUUUAAUUUGUCCCUUCAGUCGCUAAAAAACAAAGUAAGUCAAUAAAAAGUCAGAAAACUAUUAAAACCGACCACAAAUAAAAAAACUGAAAAAUCCGUCCAAAUUCAUCGUUGGCACUGAAUGAGUUGAAAGAGGAAAAUAAAAACUUAAAUGAAAAUGUCUUUGCUCUGUUUUUGACUGUAUUUCAGGGCCACGACUGUUACCCGGUGCUGUUUGUGUACGACAGCGCUAAAGGCAGCCUGGCGUUUGGGGGUAAGCUGGACGUUCCCAAGCAGGCGGCCCAGAAGGGGAUCAGCGCCAGGGAACGUUUCCAGAACCUGGACCGUCGGGCCUCAGAGACCCAGUCCACUGAUAAGGACCUGACCAGCCUGCACAAGAACAGCAUCAGGUAGGAGGAAGAAAAACAUGUUCAGAGUCAUGUUAGGGUAUAAAUGUUGGACUUCGGUCUUUAAGGAAUCGAGAACAAAAUGAGAAAAACACUCAUUUAUUAUCAUAUAUACAUUUAAUAUGCUCUUUGCUGUCCUGUGGAUACAAGUAUAUUUCUAUGUCCAGACAGUUUUAAAAUCAGCAGAUCAGGAGCGAUAAAAGUGGAAUUAAAAUUAUUCUAAUACCCUCGAAUAAGUCCUUCGCUGUUCUUCCACAUUGAAACCUUCAGUUUUAGACUCAGCUGUGUGUUUGAGGCGUUUUGUUGUAUCUCUGUUAAACAUAAGACACCCACAUGUUUGUAUGCGGACUAACGAUGAGUCUAAAACAUUAUUCUUCAGUCAAAUCUCAGUGCUGGAAGGAGGAAGAAACCAGUGCACCAAGUUCUGCACCACUGGCAUGGAUGGAGGAAUGGGCCUCUGGGACGUCAAGGUAACACACACCGGAGCUCGUACCAACAACACUGAUGUGGUCUGAUGUUUGAUUUGUUAAAAACAUGAACGUUACUCUUCAUAAUUUGACUUUUAUUUUCUUUUUAGACUCUGGAGUCUGCAGUGAAGAACUUGAAGAUAGUCUGAUGUCCAAAUGAAGUUGACGUCACUCCAACAUGCGCUUCUGGAGAUAUGAAGGAAACUGCUGCCUUAUAGCACAAAGCUUCUUAGCUGUAUUUUAAUCAGGUAUUUUUGAUAUUCAAGUUAAACGAUCGUCCAACUCCUCAGGUCAGCCUGUGUUUGUAAUCCCUCUGUAAUACUCUCUGUUGAGCUUGUUAAGUCCGGCACAGUAAACAGAGGGAGUGAGCGCAGGCUGCGAACGGUACUUAAAGAGUUAGAUUAGUUUAAUCACAAAGAGCUUAAAGCUGGAGUUUAUAUCAAUCAGGAUGAAAGGCGAUGAAAGUGUUUGUUAUUUUUUUAAAGCUUAUGCUGGUCAUAAUAUGCAUUAAAUAAAGGAUUGCUGUUACAGCGCUCAACAAGUCAUUACGGGUACGUUUGUCCAAGUCAGAGUCAGAGUCGAGGCCAAAUGAACCGUUUGAAGAAGUUUUGAAAAGGAAUAAAAGGAAAGUCUACGUUCACACUAAA